AUGGGGAAUGUAAAGGGAAAACAUCGUUUGGAUAAGUACUAUCACUUGGCAAAAGAGCAUGGCUACAGAUCUCGAGCCGCAUGGAAGCUGGUUCAACUUGAUUCGAAGUUCGGUUUUCUCCGUUCGGCUAAUUCUGUGCUUGACCUCUGCGCCGCGCCGGGUGCAUGGAUGCAAGUGGCCGUCGAGAAGAUGCCCGUCGGAAGUUUAGUAAUCGGCGUCGACCUCGACCCGAUUCAACCAAUCAGCGGCGCCAUCUCCGUACAGGAGGAUAUCACCCAGCCUAAGUGUAGAGCGUUGGUUAAGAGACUCAUGGCAGAGAAUGGAUGCAUGGCUUUCGACUUGGUGCUGCACGACGGCUCGCCUAAUGUUGGUGGUGCGUGGGCUAGGGAGGCUACCAGUCAGAAUGCUCUGGUGAUUGACUCGGUUAAGCUCGCUACGGAGCUUUUGGCUCCCAAAGGAACUUUUGUCACAAAGGUUUUCAGAUCCCAAGAUUAUAUUGCUGUCCUUUUCUGUCUUAGACAGCUCUUUGAGAAGGUUGAAGUGGAGAAACCACAAGCUAGUCGUUCAGCAUCAGCAGAAAUUUAUAUUGUUGGUUUCAAGUAUAAGGCACCUGCUAAAAUUGAUCCGCAACUUCUUGAUGUAAAGUACCUCUUCCAAGGAGGUAAAGAGCCUCCAAAGGUGGUGGACGUUCUUAGAGGAACAAAGCAAAAGCGACAUCGUGAUGGGUAUGAAGAUGGAGACACAACAUUGCGGAAGGUCUGCUCUGCGGUAGACUUUGUUUGGUCUGGAUCUCCUCUUGAGAUCCUUGGUUCAGUUACUUCUAUAAAAUUUGAAGAUCCUGCAUGUUUGCCAAUCAAGGAUCAUACUUUGACAACCGAAGAGGUUAUAUCUUUAUGUGAUGAUCUUCGUGUCUUGGGGAAGCAAGACUUCAAGCAUCUUUUAAAAUGGCGUAUGCAAAUAAGAAAGGCACUAACUCCCACAGAGAAGGCUACUUCUGCUACGACGACUGUGGAACGGGAGGGCAAGGAAGAUGAAGAUGAUAAGAUACUUAAUGAAAUGGAGGAGCUGACGAAUGCUAUGGAGCAGAAGAAGAAAAGGGCAAAGAAACUUCUAGCAAAGAGACAAGCCAAGAUGGCAAUAUUUCCUCCUAGGUUGUCCUGUAUAUCAUCCCAUCACCCCAUCUUUUUCUCUGGGGGAAGAAAGAACUUGUGGCUGUUGAUAAUGAUGAAUAUGAUGGUGAAAAUGAUGAAAUUGGAAGUAGUGACAGCGAAUGAGGCUGUGAGGAAGCCCAAGGGGGCACAUCUAGUGAUGCAGACACUGAUGAAGAACACCAGCGGUAGUUGUUUCCUCUUAACUUGGACGUAUGGUGAGCAACUACAGGAGUUACUUGAUGAAGCCUACGAAAGAUUUGUAGCUAAACAGGAAGGAAGUACAAAGCAGAGAAAGCGUACAAAACAAGCCUAUUCGGAGGGCGAUCAACUCUUGGAGGGUGACGAUGACAAUAACAUGGUUCAUUCUGAUCGAGACUCCGAUAAUGAUGGAGAUCGUGAGGUGAAUCCGCUUGUGGUUCCACUCUUAGAGAAUGCACCGAGUCAGGAGGAGAUUGCAACAAAAUGGUUCAGUCAAGAUGUCUUCCUGGAUGCCGAUGAAAGAGAGGAUUUGGAGAAUGAUGAUAGUGAAGAUGAAAUGCAUAUGGAUAUGCCAGUCGAACAUCCCACAAUUCAGGAGAAGACAAUUGAAGAUUCACCAGAAAAACUCAAGGGUUCAAGAAAGACGAGUAAAUUACCGACAGUAAAAGUUUCCAAGGCGGAUGAUGAUUUUGAGAUAGUUCCUGCUCCACAUACAGACUCUAGUGAUUCAUCAGACGACUCAGAUGAAGACGACAUUGGUUCAAAAGCAGAGAUAUUGGCUUGUGCAAAAAAGAUGCUGACGAAAAAGCAGAGGGAACAGAUUCUUGAUGAUGCGUACAACAAAUAUAUGUUCCAUGAUGAGGGAUUACCGAAGCAGCUAGAAAAGGUACGGAAGAAGGCGAACUCUAUAUCGGAUCAGACAGAAAUAUCAGACCGUUCGAAGAGUAAAAUGAUCGAACAGCUUUAUAAGAAGGCAACACCUAAAAAACCUAAGAAGGAAUAUGUGGUAGCAAAGAAGGGCGUCCAAGUCAAGGCUCGAAAGGGGAAAGUUCUUGUUGAUAGACGAAUGAAAAAGGACGCCAGGAAGCAGGGAAUGAACAAGCGGGGGAAAGAAACAAAAGGAAAGCAGAAAGGUAAAUGA